AUGGCGUCCCGGGGCAGCUUCCCGCAGCCGCCGCAGCGCGACUCGUGGUUUGCGCCGCUAUCGGUCGACCUGCUGGUCAGGGUGCUUCAGGUGACCGUAUUUCACCCGUUCGUGACGGCGCUGGUGCCGCUGUGCCUCCGCGCGCGCGCCAUGCUGUGGGAGGCGCCGACGAUGCUGGCGGCGUUUGCAUGGGCGGCAUUUGUGUCGCUUCUGUGGGUGGCGUCGGCGGUAAACCAGCGCGUCGCGCACGGCGUCCCGCGCCAGGUCGACCUCGACGAGGAGGUCAUUGUCAUUACGGGUGGUGCGAGCGGCCUUGGCAUGCUGGUCGCCGAGGUCUACGGCAUGCGCGGCGCCACGGUGGCCGUGCUGGACAUCAAUGACAUGGAGAAUGGCGAGGCUCGCGGCGUUACCGUGUACAAGUGCGACGUGGGCGACUACAAGCAGGUGGCGGCGACGGCUCUCAAGAUUGAGGAAGAGCUCGGGACGCCUACGGUGCUCAUCAACAACGCUGCUGUCGUAAUUGGCAAAUCGCUUCUCGACCUGUCCGUUGACGAAAUCGACCGCAGCCUGUCGACAAACCUUGUCGGCCCGUUCUACUGCCUCAAGGCGUUUCUGCCCGCCAUUAUCCGCAGCGGCAAGGGCGGCACUAUUGUUAACAUCUCGUCCGUCAUCGGCCACCUCGGCGCCGCGCAGCUGAGCGACUACGCGGCGGCCAAGGCCGGCCUGUCGGCCAUGCACCGGUCCGUGGCGGCGGAGCUGCGCGAGUCGCACCCGGAGAUCAAGACUGUGCUCAUCACACCGGGCCAGCUGAGCACGCCGCUGUUUUACGGUGUACAGACGCCGAGCAGCUUUAUCGCGCCGGUCGUGGAGCCGGUCGAGGUGGCCAAGGAGAUUGUAGCGGCCGUCGACCAGGGCCGCGGCGCGACGACGGGGAUGCCGCUGUACGCGCGCUGGAUCGACUGGUACGGGGUGCUGCCGGCGGGCGUGCAGGUGCUGGCCAGGAAGAUUUCGGGCGUGGAUAGGGGUAUGCGGACGUUUGUUGGGAGAAAUGGCCAUGUUGAGGGCAAGAAGCAGCGAUGA